GUCAUCAAAGUCUGCACUCAGAGGAAGACCACAAGAUCGGAGGGUGCCAUUUGAGACAGGGCAAAACAGUUUUACAACGUGUUUGCUGGGAGCUGCUUGUGAUGCCUUGCGCGCUGCAUUCACGUCACACUAGUGCGUCUGUUCACGUCCAGUGUUUAUUCCAGUUUUCAGACGGUCCGUGGAGAAAUUAUACACUGAGAUCACUAGUUAAUGACGUAUUCUACUGCUCCAGGAACUUCGGAUUGACUACAAGAAAAGUGCAAUGCAGCACCUCAGGCAUUGCCAAGGCUUUGCUCAGGUCUUCCUUAUCAGGAGUCAAAGUUCCAAGCUUUCGAAGAGCGUUAUCCCAUCACUGUCUGUGUGGGGUGGGCAUCUCUCUUCCCGCUGGAGGAGCACUGGAGGUCAUGAAAAGCAAGAAUACAAUGAAAGGAGGCAGAAGUUCAGAUUUGCUCUAGCAGGGCUGCUGGCAGGUACUGGAGCUGUUCUAGCAUAUAAGCUCCACCAAGGCAAGGUUGAGCGUGCAACUACCCCAGCAAAUUUACCAGUAGCUCAGACCUCAUCUCUUCCUGUUUACACCCUUGAGGAAGUUACAAAGCAUUGUUCCCUUGACAAUGGCGUGUGGGUCACUCAUAAAGGUGAAGUCUAUGAUAUCACUGAAUUUGUGGCUGUGCACCCUGGUGGCGACAAAAUCCUUCUUGCUGCAGGUGGAGCUCUGGAACCCUACUGGGCACUAUAUGCAGUUCAUGAACAAGACCACGUUCUUGAAAUCCUCUCCGAGUAUAAAAUUGGUGUUCUUAAUACAGAGAGUAUCAAGAAGCAAGAGAGUGCCAACCCUUCAGACCCUUAUUCCGCUGAGCCAACACGACACCCUGCUCUUCAAAUCAACAGUCUGAAACCUUUCAAUGCCGAACCACCUGCUUCUAUACUUUCUGACAAUUACAUCACCCCAUCGGCCAUAUUUUUUAAGCGCAAUCAUCUACCAGUGCCCAGGGUGGAUCCUGAAACAUACAGGUUGAACAUAGAGGGUCUUCCUGGUGUAGUUUCACUGACGCUAAGCGAGCUGAAGUCUCGUUUCCCGAAACACACAAUUACAGUGACGCUUCAAUGUGCUGGGAACCGUCGCUCUGAGAUGAACAAAGUCAAGCAAGUCAAAGGACUCAAUUGGGGGGUUGCAGCAAUAAGCAAUGCUACGUGGUCAGGUGCACGUCUGAGGGAUGUUCUGCUGUACUAUGGCUUUGGACCAGAGGUCGCAGCAAAGGCUCAACAUGUCCAGUUUGAAGGGCUAGACCGUGAUGUGACUGGUACAGCAUACGGUGCAUCUAUUCCACUAAACAAGGCAAUGAGUGAUGAAGGUGAUGUUCUCCUUGCAUACGAGAUGAAUGGGGAGGACCUACCUGCUGACCAUGGCUACCCUGUCCGUGUGGUUGUACCUGGAGUUGUUGGAGCCCGCAAUGUCAAAUGGUUAGGAAAGAUUGUUGUGAGUGAUGAAGAGAGCAAGAGUCACUGGCAGCAGAAUGACUACAAGGGCUUUUCUCCAGGUACUGACUGGGACACUGUGGAUUUUAAAUCAGCACCAGCCAUCCAGGAACUGCCCAUACAGUCAGCGAUCACUCAUCCAGCUGAGGGAGCCACAGUAGAUGGCAGUGUUGGGGAAGUGACUGUAAAAGGCUAUGCAUGGAGUGGUGGUGGAAGAGAGGUGGUCAGGGUUGAUGUCUCAGUAGAUGGUGGGAACACGUGGCAUGUAGCCAAACUACGCACCAGUGAUAAUAGCCAGGACCCUGCAUCUCCUCCUCCACCUGGAAAAGCCUGGGCCUGGAAGCUUUGGGAGAUAGACAUCCCACUGCCAUAUAGGAGCCAGGAACUUGAGAUUGUAUGCAAAGCAGUGGACAGCAGUUACAACAUGCAGCCGGACACUUUUGCCCCUAUCUGGAACUUACGAGGAGUGCUUAGUAAUGCUUGGCAUAGAGUUAAAAUAAAAGUGAGUCAGGAUUUGAAAGACCAGAAAUGAAUUUAAAAAACAAAUUUAUUGGAAAUGUUGGCAUAAGUUUAUAAACUUUGGUGCAGAUUGGUUUGCAGCUUUGCAACUCAAAGCUAUGCGCAAACUGCUUGAAAUCAUCAUUUUACUAACAACAACUAGGUAAUUAUAUUUUAAUGAGCAAAAACAAAUAUCUUGAUGAUAGAAAAUGGAGCUUGUUUGAUAAAGAUUAUAUGUUUAGAUUAUACCAAUUAUUUAACAAGUUUCAAGAUCUUGGCUAAGUAUGUAGAAGAAAAAACUCUUAUUCACAUCAGAGUUAGAAUAUAUUAUACUUAAUUCAUGUUAAAUAUUCAGCUGCAAUAUGUCAGUUGGAGUAUUACAGAAAUAUCCUAACUGUAGAAUCCUAUCUUGUCUGUUUGGUAACCAUGGGAACUCAUUUAGGACAAAAGCUUUAAUACAGAAAUUUUUUUUCCUAAAUGCGUUAUCUUAACUACAGUUAGGAUUUGCGUCUGAAAUAUGAAUUUGUAAAAAAUCAUAACCGAUCAGAUAUUAAUACUCAAGAUAGGAUGUUUUCUGUAAUAUGUAAUAUGAUAAUAUGAUUUGAUUGUACCAAAUUAGAUUACCAAUUGUCAUUUGUUGCAUCACCAAAUUCUGAAAUCGUAUCAUUUUCACAUGACAACCUUGUGGUUUACUGUACCAUCAACAUCAAAAUUAUAGGCUAAAUUAUAAUUAUGACUGAGCUUCAUACAAGAAUGCUUUACUUAAUACUUUUCCACUGAAAUGGUGCCAGUGCUGGAGCCAGUUCUUGGCUGGAGGAUCUGCAGAGAACACUGUGAUCCAGCCCUCAUUUCCACUAACUUGAGACCUUAGUGAUAUGCAACUGACAACAGGAUUACAUAAUGUGCCACAUUGGCCACUUCCAGUUGCAGAUUCCAGAUUGUCUUCAAAUACAGCUGUAAAAUUUACAUUUUUGAGUUUAUUGAUUGCUUCUUGCACCUUCCAAUGUUUACUAAUUAUUUUGUUUAAUCUCAAUUCAGCUAGUAGCUGUAAAAAUUAUAAUGUAAAAGAAAAGUGAAUCAAGUAAUUAUUUAACAAGAUUCAAGAUCUUCUUACUAGGCUAGGUAUGUAGAAGAAAAAAAAAAGUCUUAUAGUCUAUAUAUUCUAGAGUUAGAAUAUAUAAUUCAUUCACAUUAAAUAUUCAGCUGCAAUAUGUAAAUUGGAGAACAAUCAGUAAGUGCAAACAGUAGAAGUAGAAAUGUGUUUUCCCAAGUGGGAAGGUGUGAUAUUGGAAGAAUGAAAGAAUGUUGUUGGGCAGAAACAUUGCUGCUGCAAUAAUUUUUGCAGCUUGUGUGUGGGACUUAUUACAGAAAAGAAUAAAUAUAAACAUUACUAUGCUGUUUAUUUAAAAUAGUAAUAUUUAUAUAGAAUAAAAACAAUGUUUAUCCUAAAUCAA